AUGCCAGACCUACCUAUUGACACGAGCAAUCCCGCCGUGCGCGACUUCCUCAUGCUCACUCGGUUGCAGGUCCUCACUCCGCUUUCGCUCCUUAUCAACAUAGCCGCAGUCUGUGUUUGCACGUUCACUUUAUCCCCUAGCCUAGGGGAGAUUGCACGAAUGUACCCGACCUCACUGACUCCGAAACCGUCGCUUAUAGGAACAUACAUCGCCGCAGUGUAUAUCAUGCAAAUCGGGUAUUGCAUUAUCCUUGUCCUUGCACGCAAGACCGAGACCAAGCAAGCACUCAUCAAAGGUACUGGCAUUUCCCUUGUUCUUGCAAACUGGGUCUUGGGUUUCUGGGCUAUCGCAUGGUCUCUCAAGGCGUUCAUCAUUUCCUCAAUCCUUUUGGGAAUACUUAUCAUUCUCUUGCUCUACUCUAACAUUGUACUGAACGUGUAUCACCCGAUCGCCCUUGCUCGUCCACUCGACGCAGCAUUCAUACAUGCACCAAUUCGACUCUUCCUCAUCCUCCCCCUGACUGUACUUUUUCCUAUCUCACUCUUCAUUGCCGUUGGUCAUUACUGGGAACAGGGUGAUACAAAGGCCUACAAUAGCUACGCAUGGGAAGGCUUUGGUGUAUUCUUCGUUCUCAAUGUUCUCGGUGCCUUCUUCAUCGCAUGGAGGCGCGAUAUUGUUUGGACUGUAGGCGCAGCCUGGCUAGCGCUUAGCGUGUGGCAAGAGACACCAAAGAGCGCCCCUGUCUCGGUAUGUGUCCUGCGCAUCUAA